AUGGACCAGGAGCAACAGGAGCAGCGAGAAUGGUGGGGCGAGUAUAUGGCUGCAUACUACCGGGCCUUUAACCUGAACCUUGAUGGAUCGCUGCCUCAGAGGGAGGGAGAAGUGGUCGCAGCCAUCCUGGUGAUCGUGGGCCUCUUGGUGAUGAAGUCCUACGUGAUCGGCUCCUUCUUUAAGCUCCAGCAAUCGCAAAAGGCGCUGGAAAUGGAAGUAUCCAGUCUCAUGGACGCUUACCUUGCAAACUAA